GAGGAAGCGACGGGCCCGCGGUGCUCUGCGCACUGAGGGCUCCUCCAGCUGCUGAGCUUCUGCUUGCAGGUCUUCAACACUGAGAAUACACGGAGUGAUCCGGAUCAAACACGAAGGAGGAGGGAGUGAGAAGGCGUCGUGCGGGGCAGGCGCCACUGUCUAUUCCAUCCUCUUUCAGCGAGUCCGGACCGUUGAUGUGAUGGCUGUGCUUUGGGGGCUUCCUCUCUCGGUGCUUCUUCUGUCCCUGCACACUCCGAGUCGAGCAUCUCCGUCCUGCCCUGUGCGCUGUCGCUGCUACAGCCUCACAGUAGAGUGUGGGUCCACCAGCCUGAGGGACUUCCCCAAACACAUUCCUCCAUCCACACAGACCAUCUUCCUCCAGGACAAUGUGAUUGGUCAGAUCCGCCGACAGGACCUCAUUCUACUGCGGCACCUGCACUACUUGUACCUGCAGAACAACACAAUCGCAGCAGUGGAGCCUGGCUCAUUCCAGAACCAGGGCCAGUUGCUGGAACUGGCUCUGAACGGGAACCGGGUCCACCUGGUGACAGCUGACAUGUUUCAGGGACUUGAACAUCUCCGCAUUCUUUACCUGGCAGGAAAUGACAUCACACGCCUACUGGACUAUACCUUCCGUGGUUUACAGCGCCUGCAGGAGCUCCAUUUGCAGCACAACAAUAUCGAGAUGUUAGCAGACCAAGCUCUAGUUGGUUUGACUUCUUUGGCUCUGCUGGACCUGAGUAGGAACAAUCUACACACCAUCGGCCCUGCGUCCCUGCGACCUUUGGUCAGUCUACAGGUGCUGCGCAUCACAGACAACCCAUGGCGCUGUGACUGUGCUCUCCACUGGUUGAGGAGCUGGAUUGAUGAGGAGGGCCAGAGGCUGCUCAGCUCUGCAGAACGUCGACUGGUCUGCACUGAGCCGCCACGCCUCUCACACCUCAGCCUGGUGGAGGUCCCCCUCAAUAGCUUGGUGUGUAUCCCUCCACUGGUGCAGCUGGAGCCUAGGAGACUAGCGGUGCGCCUGGGAGAGAGCCUCAGGGUGUCCUGCCAUGCCUCUGGUUACCCGCGGCCACAGGUGACCUGGAGGAAGGCGUCCCAGGGUAAAGUGGUGCUUUCUCCCAGAGGUCUGGUUCAGGAGCUGGGUGCAGGAGGAGGUGGGAUGCCUGGAGGAGAAGAACCCUCAGAGGAAGGCAGAGUCAGUCUGCAGAAGACUGACGGCGAGCGCUUUGACCCCGACACUGGCAGUGGCAUGCUGUUUCUUAGUAAUGUGACUGUAGCUCAUGCAGGUUUCUACGAAUGUGAAGCCUGGAACGCAGGGGGUGUGGCCAGGGUGACUUUUCAGCUCGCCAUCAACUCAUCCACUUCCUCUUCCUCCGCUUCUUCCUCCAUCUGGGCCUCGUGGUCCCAGGUGUCCUCGCCAUACUCACCCUCCUGGCCCAGGCUGAGGAGCCACGGUGCUGCUACGGGCUCAGAUGUUAGCCGGGAGCCCCUGUACGCACUAGGCAGCAUGGCCUUCAGCGCUUUAGGAGCUGCCACUCAAACUGCAAUUGCUGUCGGCAUCUCCCUGCUGGCUCUGACCGCUCUGCUGCUGGUCGCCAUGAUCUACAGCCGGCAUCGCCAAAGAGAGAAGGAAGCGGAUGGAGCUGAGAAGGAGGAGAGCAUCCUGUACGUGAAUGACUACUCCGAUGGCCCCACCACCUUCGCCCAGCUCGAGGAGUAUCGGGAUGAGCGCGGCCAUGAGAUGUACGUCCUCAACAGGGCCAAGCCUGUGCUGCCUUCUGCUCCACCCACAGCUGUUUCCACCACUAACCUGGGUGGCCCUGUUCCAUCUGACACCUCCAGCCACACCCUCUCCUCUGGGCCUUCCCAGACCAUGAGUCCCACUCUGGCCCCCAACAAAAAGCUGCAACAGCAGCAGGAGGGCGACAUACGGACCAUGAGGAGGAUGGCGGGGGAGGGAGGGGAAGCCAAGCCUGUGAUCACAUCCGAGGCAGAAGGGAUGUUUCUUAACCACACAGGCCUGUUCAUGGACUCCCAGAUAGCCUAUGAGAUCCACUGCUGAUGUGAUGGGGGGGGGGGCAUCCAUUCCUUACAGAGGGUCUGUGUGUAAAACAGUGGUUUACAGCAAAGCCUGUCUCAUCUCAAAGUCAGGGUCACUGCUGGAAUCUACCAGUAAAGGACAUAAGUACACAUCCCUGUGGAAGUGUUUGCUUUCUACAAGUCUAAGCCACUAUUGGAGAAGGUUUACAUACCUGGCUCACUCUUGGGUUUAUUAAAUCAAAAGCACCAAGGGACUUUUCAAUGGACAAGCUGUGUGAACUUGCACACUAAAGUCAGCUUGUGUGUAAAUUUCCAUUUAAAUGCCGGACACUCAAAGACAAACUAAACUGAACUCAACCGAACCCUGUACAUCAAUCCAUCAAGUUCUUAAAGUUAAUAUAUUUCCUUUCAAAAACUCUGAAGACUCAAGUUUGCAAAUGGGGAAAUCAUGGAAUCAUCCAUUUAAUGAGCGUGUAUUUUAUAACUUGUUAAUGUCUGGCCAUGUUUUAAUUUAUUCUCACACUUUGUAGGUUGCUGAGCAUCUGAAGGCAAAACAUUUCAGAACGUUUCCGUAUAUUUCAGAAUGUUUCUGUAUAUUUCAGAAUGAUUCAGCAUACCGGGUCCUUUGCUUUAACGAUGGCCAGUGGUGCUACAUCUACAAAUAUAUACAAAUAUAAAUAAAGAAAUAUAAUUUAAAUAUUAAGGCCUAUUUAAGUUGAUGGGAUGAUUAUAUAGUAUGGUGGCUCUGAGGGCCAAACACACUGCAAAUUAAGAAAACACAUUGCAAAUAGACACAACACACACGUUAUGUAACUGCUGCUCGGUAAACAUUCAUGAUGUUGUUCAUUGUGGACACUUCGUCCACCCCGAUAGAGGAUGCUCUUCUGUU